AUGAUGAAGGAUGAGGAUUCGCAGUCUGAGGAAGAUUCAUCGGAUGUACCAUGUAAGCAGAGUGGUCACUUGCACAAGUUGUUAUCUGGUAUGCAAUCGUGCAUAUCAGCAACAGCAGCAUGGAAUUAUGAAUGUAUAAAUCCAGUUGAAGCGUAUGAGUUACAGACGGACUUACCAAGAUACCAUUCUAAUGAGGAUUUUUUCAAUAGCAAGCUUGGAAAUCACCAAGACCGUCUGGAUAAUUUAUACUAUACCUUUCAAACAUUGUUGACGGCAACAUGUAGACUUUUCCCGGUUAUCGCAGGGUUCGCAAAAAACUGCUGCUCAGAGAGCCCACACUUGGAAUUACAAAAAGCCCUGUACGAGUUUCUAAACGCUCGCUUUAUAUCGUGUCAGGAUUUUUCUGUAGAAAGCGAGGAUACUUCUAGCGGUGUUUGUUGUAAUUCAAACAAGAUUCAGUGCUUAAAUCAUCCGCUGAUUUUGGAAAAGUUUGCCAAGGUAACAAAAAUUGUAGAAUGUGUGGACUGUGAGAAAUGUCGUUUACACGGUAAAAUAAAACUUACUGCGCUUCAAAUUGCAAUUAGAGCGUUUUCAAAGGAUACUCCUCAGGUUUUAGAGAGGAAUGAAAUUGUAGCAUUGCUACAUGGACUCGACUAUUAUGCUCAGGCAAUCUUGAUUAUCCAGAGGUUUCGCGAUAAGCGAAAACGUCAGAUUAUGUUGUAUCCUAUAAGGGUGAUGUUGGCUGUGUUGGUUUUUUUAAUUGUGGUAUACCGAAAGGAGCUGUAUUAUGCCAUUUUUUACUGCAGCCUCAUUGAAGCCGUUACUGAUGACCACCAACCAGUUGUAGAAUAUUUUUAA